AUGCCGGCCAGACACGCCACCCAGCCCAGAAAGGAUGUGUGCCCGCGGGCAGCGGGAGAAGGGCUGGCAUCAGGGACUCGGAUCGUCCCAGGGGCCCAGGACGCCCCACACCAGAGACUCGUCCAGCCCCAGACAGCGCUUCAGCAGUGCUUAGGCUGCCGAAGUGCCCGCACCCCCAACGCAGGCCGGGGACCUGCGCACACCCCCACUGCAUUCCGGGGGCCACCAUCUGCACAGACCACCGCGCCCCGAAAAACCCCAUCUCCACACACCAGCACUGCAUUCCGGGGACCCCCGUCUCCGCCCCCAUCGAGUCCCGGGGACGCCAUCUCCCCUCCAUCGAGCCCUGGGGACCCCCUACCUCCUCUCCAUCAAGUCCUGGGGACCCCAUCUCCCCUCCAUCAAGCCCCAGGGACCCCCGUCUCCCCUCCAUUAAGUCUCGGGGACCGCCAUCUCCGCCCCCAUGAAGCCCCGGGAACUCCAUCUCCCCUCCAUCAAAUCCCGGGGACUCCCGUCUUCCCUCCAUCGAGCCCCGGGGAUCCCAUCUCCCCUCCAUCGAGCCCCGGGGACCCCCACCUCACCCCCAUCGAGUCGCGGGGACCCCAUCUCCCCUCCAUCAAGCCCCGGGCCGCCCCCCAUCAAGCCCCGGAAGCCCCGUUUCCGCCCCCAUCAAGCUCCGAGGACACCAUCAAGCCCCGGGGACCCUCAUCUCUGCGCUCCCAAGAUGCCUUGCGGGCUCCGGGCCCCGCCCUCUGCCUGGGUCUGGUAAGAAUCCCCAGCUGCCGGGGGCGGGGCUUCGAGGGUGGGCGGGGCUUCGCUCGCGGCCGGCCCGGAAGCGCCGCCGGAGCCCCACCAGGCUCGGGUGAGGGCGGGGCCAGGGGCGGAGGGGCCGGCCUGGGACGAGAUUUCAUUGGUGCUGAGGCCGGGCCGUGGGCGGGCCGAGGCGGGGCUUCGUUGGUGGUGAGGCCUGUGCGAGGGCUUCAUUGGUGGUGA